ACUCUGCUUGGUAAUUUCAGUUGCUUACACUCUCUCGUCCUGCAGGAGACCCCCGGUCCAAUGUGGAGUCUCCCACUGCCCUGCAUAUUUAAACAAAGCACACGGAUUUCCCAUUGCCCAGUCAGUAAUCUUUACUUUGUAAGUGGCACAUCCAUAAGUCAGGCUCAGGCACGGUGUGAAAAAGUGGACCUGAUUUUGCACUACGACCCGGACAACUGCCGUAAGCCCCCAAGCCCACCACCUGACCGGGUAGCAGCGGAGAGGAGUCGGCAACCAAUACCAGAGCUGCCACAGAUCCUGAAUCCAACGUGAAGACAAGGAGUGGGAGUAUAUAGAGGAACACAGGGGUCUGUACAAGGACGUAAUGAUGGAGAAUCACCGGCCCCUUACAUCACUGGAUGGGCCCAGUAACAGAGAUACCCCAGAGAGAUGUGCCCGUCCUCUGUAUUCCCAGGAUUGUACAGAGGAGACUCACAGGAUCCCACAGGAGGAUCAGGGUGAAGAUCUGACUGUUAUUAAGCUAGAAGAUGUAGAGGAAGAAGAAGAGACGUAUGUAACUGAUAUGAAGGCAGAAGAUAUAGAUGGAGAAGAAGAGAUGUACGUGAGGGGUGAUCAGCAGUGUAAGGAGGAGGAAAUCUCUACAGAUAUCAGCACAGGUGGUUCCAGUAACACAAAUUGCCCAGAGAGAUGUCCCCGUCCCCUGUAUUCCCGGGACUGUACAGAGGAGAAUCACAGGACCCCACAGGAGGAUCAGCAGAGUGAAGACCUGACUAUCAUUAAGGUAGAAGUUAUAGAGGAAGAAGAAGAGAUGUAUGUGAGGGGUGAUCAGCAGUGUAAGGAGGAGGAACUCCCUACAGAUAUCAGCACAGCAGAUAGAUGCCAAAGCAAGAAUACAACAGAGGGGUGUCUCAUUUUAUCUCCUGAAUUUAAAAAAGAAAGAAGAAAAAAGAAAAAAAGGGAGAAAAGAACACGACAUUCUGCGGGAGAAAACCCCAUUAUCCUAAAUGUACUUCCAGUACCUCAUCGGGCAGAUCUAUCCUCUAAUCCUAAGGAAGGUUCUCCUGAUACCUCAGAUGUUGUUACACACAGUACAGCUCGCACAGUAAUUCCCUGCUCUGAGUGUGGGAAAUGUUUUACACAGAAAUUAGCUCUCGUAAGACAUCAGAGAACUCACACAGGUGAGAGGCCGUUUCCAUGUCCUGAGUGUGGGAAAAGCUUUACAGUUAAAUCCAGUCUGGUUACACAUCAGAGAAUUCACACAAUAGAGAAAACAUUUCCAUGCUCGGAGUGUGGGAAACGAUUUACAGUGAAAUCCAAUCUUCUAACCCAUCAGAGAAUUCAUGUUGGUGACAAACCCUUUCCAUGCUCUGACUGCGGAAUGCGUUUUACAAAGAAAUCAAAUCUUGUUCAGCAUCUGAGAAUUCACACCGGGGAGAAGCCAUUUCCAUGUUCGGAGUGUGGGAAAUGUUUCCGAUUUAAAACGGGUCUUGUUAAACAUCAGAGAAUUCACACAGGUAACAAACCAUACCCGUGUUCUGAGUGCGGGAAAUGUUUUACCGUUAAAUUCAAUCUCGUUAAGCAUCAAAUAAUUCACACAGGCGAGAAACCGUUUCCGUGCUCCGAGUGCGGGAAAUGUUUUACGCAGAAAUCAAAUCUUGUAGAACAUCGGAGAACUCACACAGGUGAGAAACCGUUUCCCUGUUCUGAGUGUGGGAAAUGUUUUACCCAUAAAUCACAUCUUGUUAGACAUCAGAAAAGCCACACAGGUGAGAAACCAUUUUCUCAUUCAAGAACCUGAUUAUGGCAAAUAAGGAAUCUUUUUAUUGGUAAUAAAAUGCAGACAAGAACAGACCAAUAAAGGAAGGAGGUGAUUUAUAUAA